GCCUACCUGAAACGAACAGGGCUUUGGGUUUGGGUCGGGCAUUUAGUUUCUAGUCUUUUUCUUCUAUUUCUGUGACCUCGGACAAGUCACUUCAUUCUGUGUCCACCCUGCAAAGUAAUGGUGACACCAGGGUACUGAUUUUACAGGUCUUUGUAAAUGUGAAAGCAUUUUCUGUUUAUUAAACCUGCCCUUAUUUUAGUAGAUAAUAGAGUGUAGCAGAGAGAAUCCUGGUUAAGGAAAGACAAGUCUUUGGUUAGCUGUCACGUUCUCCGUAGUGACCUCCUCCGUGUCACCUUUAACCUUUCACACAGGAAGUAGGAGGCCUGGACCAGAUGACCUCUAGGAUCUUUUGGCUCUAAGGCUACUGGCAGGAGCAGGAUUUGGAGCUGGGAACUCUGGCUCCACUCGACGAGGCCAUCAGCUCCACAGUCUGGAGCACUCCUGACAUGCUGGUCAGUCAAGACAGUCAGCCCUGGACAUCUGAUGAGACCGUGGUGGCUGGCGGCACCGUAGUGCUCAAAUGCCAAGUGAAAGACCAUGAGGACUCAUCCCUGCAGUGGUCUAACCCUGCUCAGCAGACUCUUUACUUUGGGGAGAAGAGAGCCCUUCGAGAUAAUCGGAUUCAGCUGGUUAAAUCCACACCCCAUGAGCUCAGCAUCAGCAUCAGCAAUGUGGCCCUGGCGGACGAGGGAGAAUACACCUGCUCCAUCUUCACCAUGCCUGUGAGAACUGCCAAGUCCCUCAUCACUGUGCUGGGAAUCCCACAGAAGCCCAUAAUCACUGGCUACAAGUCAUCAUUACGGGAAAAGGAGACAACCACCCUAAACUGUCAGUCUUCUGGGAGCAAACCUGCAGCUCAUCUCACCUGGCGGAAGGGCGAGCAAGAGCUUCAUGGAGAACCAACCCGAAUACAGGAAGAUCCCAAUGGUAAAACCUUCACCGUGAGCAGCUCGGUGACGUUCCAGGUUACCCGGGAGGAUGAUGGGGCCGACAUCGUGUGCUCUGUGAACCACGAAUCACUAAACGGAGCUGACAGAUCCACCUCUCAGCGCAUUGAAGUUUUAUACACACCAACAGUGAAGAUUAGGCCAGACCCUCCACAUCCCCGCGAGGGCCAGAAGCUGUUGCUACACUGUGAGGGUCGUGGCAAUCCUGUUCCCCAGCAGUACCUGUGGGAGAAGGAGGGCAGUGUGCCACCCCUGAAGAUAACCCAGGAGAGCGCCCUGAUCUUCCCCUUCCUCAACAAGAGUGACAGCGGCACCUACGGCUGCACAGCCACCAGCAACAUGGGCAGCCACAAGGCUUACUAUACUCUCAAUGUGAACGACCCCAGUCCAGUGCCCUCGUCCUCCAGCACCUACCACGCCAUCAUUGGCGGGAUCGUGGCUUUCAUCGUCUUUCUGCUGCUCAUCCUGUUCAUCUUCCUGGGCCACUACCUGAUUCGGCACAAAGGAACCUACCUGACACAUGAAGCUAAAGGCUCCGACGACGCGCCCGAUGCGGACACGGCCAUCAUCAACGCGGAAGGCGGGCAGUCAGGCGGGGACGACAAGAAGGAAUAUUUCAUCUAGGGUGCCCACCCACUUCCUGUGCCCCUCCAGGGGCCCCGUGGGGACUUCUGGGGCCAUAACCAACUCGGACUUGUACAGAGCAACCCCAGGGCCACCCCUCCUGCUUGCUCCCCAGCCCCCACCCCUGUACAGAAUGUCUGCUUUGGGUGCGGUUUUGUACUCGGUUUGGAAUGGGGAGGGAGGAGGGUGGGGGGAGGGAGGGCUGCCCUCAGCCCUUUCCAUGGCUUCUCUGCAUUUGGGUUAUUAUUAUUUUUGUAACAAUCCCAAAUCAAAUCUGUCUCCAGGCUGGAGGGGCAAGGGCCCUGGGGUGAGAAGAGCAAAAACCUGGAGCUUUGGGAGGAGAUGAGGGUGAAGAGGUAAGGACAGGAGAGGAGCAGGGCUGGUUUAGUUGGGGCUCGCAGCCCUGCUCCUCUACAGCAGAGCCGCUCCUGGCUGCCUCUGGGAAUGGGGAGUUGUGAGCAGGAGCUGGAGGGGCCUGUCCUCUGCUGAUAGUCACAUACCUGGAGCUGUGGACAGAGACACAGGUCCCGCUCUGACGCCCCUGCUCCACUCCGAUGGAGAAGGAAUGAAUGGGGGUCCCUGAGGAGGUGUGACCUGCCGGUGGCAUGCAGCCCCAGAGCCCCAGGGCUUCCAUGUAGGAAGGACGUGGCUCCCUGCCAAGAGGGGUAGAUUUGGAGAGAAAGGAUGCCAGAGAUGGCCCCACCUACCCCUUGUCCCCCGUGAUGUAUGAAACCGGGCCCUUUACACAGGAGUUGCCCUUGGGGGAAUCGCAGGGCAAGGCUGCCCUGCUUGCUCCAGCAGCUAUGGGAAAGGCCCUGCUCCAGGCCAACUGUCUGCUUCGCUGCCCAGGGGCCCCUCACUCUCACCCGACCCGGGCUGUUGCUCGGCACCCACUCUGUUGGCGUUGUUUACCAGCUCCUCCCACCCUGUGCCCCUUGCCCCUUCCAGGUCCUAAGCUCUCCCUUAGUCCUUCCUCCCUUCCCCAGCAGCCAGGCAGAUAUAGCCACAAAAAUACUAAAAGGAGCUUCACUACACUGUUUCCUGCCCAAACAAAGAAAAUAAUGUGAACUUUG